AUGGAAGCACUUGGAAAGGCGGGAAGGUUGUUAAUUACUCUGUCUCUUUUGGUGCGUAGACAUUUUCUCUUCCCCUACUUUAUAUCUUCCUUCCUAUCUUCGUAUUCGUCACAAUAUUAUAAUAGUAACUGUUUCUUCUUCUUCUUCUUCUUCUUCUUCUUCUUCUUCUUCUUCUUCCCCAGCCUCCUCCUCAUGCUUCUUCUUCUUCUUCUGCAUCCUCCCCCUAUUCCUACUUCUCUUCUUCUUUUUCAGCCUCCUCCUCCUUCUGCUUCUUCUGCAGCCUCCUCCUCCUCCUUCUGCACCGUCCUCCUACUCCUACUUCUUUUUCAGCCUUCUCCUCCUUCUUCUUCUUCUGCAGCCUCCUCCUUCUUCUUCUUCUUCAGCCUCCUCCUCCUCCUUCUUCAGCCUCCUCCUCCUUCUUCUUCUUCAACCUCCUCUUUCUCUUCCUCCUUUUUCUUCAUCCUUCUCCUGCUCCUCCUUUUUCUUCUUCUGCAGCCUCGUCCUCGUCUCCUCCUCCUCCUUCUUUUUCUUCUUCUUCUUCAGCCUCAUCUUUCACCUACUCCUCCUUCUUCUGCAUCUUCCUUCUCCUCCUUCUUCUUCUUCUUCUUCUUCUUCUGCCGAUUCUUAUGUUCAGUUCUUUCGGAAUGUGUGUUUCGAGUUGAUAGCCCCCCCGGAUCUCAGUAUCAGGUAUCAGGUUUCACAGAAGCAAGGAAAAAAAAACCCCAAAACAACAAACAAACAUAG